AUGUGGAGGAAAAACCGUUCCAAAGAGCGCUGUGUUACUGACAGUCACAAUACUGAACGUUGCUGCAUGGUGUUAAUAUUAUUACAAAAUUUAAAAAUUAAAUACUAUUCACAGGGUGUUGAUUUAAAUAGAAAUUUUGCUUUUAAAUUUGCUGGUAAUUUUUUCAAAAAUUCUCAAAAAAUUUUUUUUAAUAAAAUAGAGGGCGGCACAAGCUUCUUCCCCUGCUCAGAAAUCUAUCACGGACCAAAUGCUUUUUCCGAACCGGAGAGUCGCGCCGUUCGAGAUGCUAUAAUGGAGGGGGAUUUGAAGGGAAGAAUUCCUGGGCUGAUUUCAAUGCAUGCCUACUCUCAACUUUGGAUUUAUCCGUACUCACACAGGAGGCACUCAUAUCCCCCUGAUGUUGAGGAUUUGAAAGCAGUUGCUCGUCGUGCAGUUACCGCCAUAGGAGACAAAUUUGGAACAAAUUAUCAAUAUGGAACAGGACCCGAGACUAUAUAUUGGGCAAAGGAAACAGCAAAAAUAAAAUAUUCUUACACUGUGGAAUUAAGGCCUUCCUUUUGGUCGUGGAACGGCUUUGUAUUGGACCGUUCUCAACUAAUUCCAACAGCUAGGGAGACGUUUGACGGUGUUUUGGUUGUUUUAGAAACAAUUUCGAGUAGUGGCAAAGCAAUUAUAAACAAUUCCUUUGGCUCAAAACGUUCAAUUUCACCAUUAUUUCCACCAUCCCAAAAUUUCAACAAAAAAGAAAAGGCAACAAAAUUGUCAAGUUGUUUCGACGCUGUAGAACACUGUCCAAUAUGGAUAAAGGCAAAUCCGCAAAUCUGCAGCGAUUCAAAAACUUCAAUGUUGAGGGAAUGUAGAAAGUCUUGUAAAUUUUGUUGA